GAUCCUCUUCCCCCUUGUCCUCCCACAUCACCUCCUCCAGCUGGUCCUCCCAGUCCUCGGGCUGGUCCUCGGUCCGGUCCUCUGGCUGGUGGCGGCGGCAAGCAGGCAGGAUGCAGCGGUGUCCGUGGCUGUGGCCCUGGCUGGGCCUCUUCCUCUUGGUGCAGGUCCCGGCUACACCCAACGCUCCAACCCUGCAGCAGACUCCAGAAUAUGUCAUGCUCCUACCGGAUUCAGAUGUGACGAUCACCUGCGAGAUGAAACACUCCACGGAGACCAAGACAAUCUACUGGUUCCGCCAAAGCCAGCUUCCCUGCGUGGAUGGCCGCAAGCAGUUCGUGGCUUCUUAUUCUGGGCUGGGCUCAGUCACCUACGGCAAUGGCUCUAUGCAGGCCAGGGUCACCGUGUCCAAGGAGCAGAGUAGAAACGCUUACACUCUGGAGCUCAGGAAGGUGAAGUUCUCGGAUAGCGGCGUCUAUUUUUGCUCCGCUAUCCAGGCUCCCGCGCUCAUCUUUGGACGGGGAACGAACCUGAGAGUGGUUGAUGUCCUCCCCACCACUGUCAACCCUACUAGAAAAGAGGAGAGCCCCAAGAGGAGGUGUAGGCGUCCACACAAGAAUACACCUGGACAGAAUGGCCUUUCCUGCAGUACCCGCUUCAUGGCUCUGCUGGUUGGAUGUCUCCUGUUCCUGCUGGUUUCUCUGGCCGCCACCAUCCACUUGCACCGUUCACAGAGGAGAAGCCAGCUUUACUUUGCAAAACAAUUUCAAAGAUAAAAAGAAAACAGCUCCAGUAUCUUUCUGUCUAAUCUCUGCAACGAGUGUGGUCGUGAGCUAUAAAUUUUCGGGCUAAACCAGAAAGCGUCCAUCAAAUGGGAUUUUAUUCAUUCAUUCAUUCAAUCGUAUUUAUUGAGCACUUAUUGUGUGCAGAGCACUGUAAUAAGCACUUGGAAAGUACAAUUUAUCAGAAUGUGAUCUGAACUGGAGCCCAGAGCCUCUUUUUUUACCAGAGUUCUGGAGUCAGGGGGGCCCUCUGGCUUCUCAUCAUCUUCACCGUCAUCCUUCUCCAUCCUCCUUUUCCCCCUUCCUCCUCCUCUAGCCUUCCUCCAUCAUCAUGAAACCCUGGCUUUACCAUCAAGGGCCAUUACCACACCUGUCUGGGCUUUGGGAAGAAUCAGAAAUUCUCAUGCUCGUGUUAGAGAGGAGGCUUCUGUGACAUCCCGAGAAACCAAUAUUUUGGACUUGAGAUGAUUUGGCGAUUUGGGGAUGAUAUUAUAGUUGCUACAUUUCUUUUUGUUCAGUGUUUUUGAAAAUUUAAUCUUUGGCUGUAUGUUCCCUCUCCCCACAUUAGAUUGGAAACUCCUCGAGGGCAGGGAUCAUGUCUUCUGUAACUUGAUUAUAAUAUACCCAACACUCAACACAUUGCUCUGCCUGGCAUAGAUGCUUAAUAAAUGUCUGAGGGU